UGCCUUUUGUCUGCGCUUUCUGCAUCGUAUCCCAUACUCAUGAAAAUAGACUGCUACGGAGGCCUCAUCACGAGGCAAUGGAGCAUCUUUACAGCAAAAAGCAAUAUGAAGCUAUGUAAACUGGCUUUUAUAUUAAUUGGAUGCAAUUCUUUCAACACUUCGAUGUUUACGUGCCUGUCUGCCUGUUAUCUGCAUUUCAAGCGCAGAUAUCGAGGGUCAAUUUUUCGUUGGUGCAGUGGAAAUUGUCGGCAAGUUUUCUCGCUCGGCUGGAUUCCAGUGCGACGUGCCAGCGGCAACUCAAGGUAUAUUGUGUGAGUUUGUGUAAGCGUUCAAGCGCUUACCUUGCGCUACCAUGGUGUUCCUACUAGUCAGAUUGAAGCUAUUACUGGCAUGGCUCGUCAAGCAAUCCAGUAGUAAAAUGAGAAAGCCAAACAACGCG